GUACGUCCAGAGCCUGCUGGACAUCAUGGAGUUCCUCGAGAGGGACCCCGAGGACCAGACCACCCUGGGACAGUUCACGGACGCCCUGGUCACCAUCCGCAACCGGCACAACGACGUGGUGCCCACCAUGGCGCAGGGGGUGAUCGAGUACAAGGAGGCCUACGGGGACGACCCCGUCUCCAACCAGAACAUCCAGUACUUCCUCGACCGCUUCUACCUGAGCCGCAUCUCCAUCCGCAUGCUCAUCAACCAGCACAGUGAGCGCCUGGGCCCCGAGACCGGCCCGCGGCUGCCGGCCAUCAGGGUGAUGGUGGCCCUGGGCCAGGAGGACCUCUCCAUCAAGAUGAGUGACCGGGGCAUGGGUGUCCCCCUGCGGAAGAUCGAGCGUCUCUUCAGCUACAUGUACUCCACCGCUCCCACCCCGCAGCCGGGCACUGGGGGGGCCCCCCUGGUAGGUGCCCCCCCUGCCUCCCGGGCCCUGCAGGAUCCCGGGGGGAUCCGGUGA